AUGGCCGAAAUCGAGGUUCCUUCCGACUUUCUGUGCCCGAUUUCUCUACAAAUCAUGAGCGACCCAGUGACGAUAUCGACCGGGAUCACAUACAAUAGAGAGAGCAUAGAGAAAUGGCUCUUGUUUUGCAAGAACUGCCUGGUGACAAAGCAGCCACUGAUCGGUACAGAUUUGACGCCGAACCAUACGCUGCGUCGGGUGAUUCAAGGGUGGUGCUGCGUCAACGCCGAGCACGGGGCGGAGCGGGUCCGAAGCCCUAAGGGUGAGGGUGAUGGAGGGCAUGUUGUUAAGGUGAUCCUUAAGGAGGCAAUGAGAGGUAGAAGCUCAAGGCUCGAGUGCCUCAACAAAUUGGAAGCUUUCUUGGCUGAGACUGAGAGGAACAAAAUCUACUUGCAGGAUGCUCGAUCUAUGGAGUUCUUAGCUUCAAUGUUGAACAAUCCCGAGGACGAGAAUGAGGAAGUCAUUGUAGAAAAAGCUAUAGAAAUCAUUUCGAACAUCAAUUCACCCACUACUCUCCUCGAACAUCUCUUAAUCCAAAAUGCUAACCUCAUCGAUGCUGUAAUCUCCAUCGUUGCCGUAACCAAAACCUCGAGAUCUCGAGCGGCCGCCAUAGCCUUCCUAAGCUCCCUCUACUCCAUUUCCGACCAAACCCACAAAACGUUCACAAAAGACAACCUCUUCAUCCAACUCUCAAGAGCCUUAAACGACCAAAUUGCCAUAAAACCCACCCUCAAAAUCCUCCUCCACUUGGCCCCAUUUGGUCGGAACCGUAUCAAAGCCGUGAAACACGGUGUCGUUUUCGACCUCGUCGAGCUGCUUUUGAACUCCACCGUCGGAAGAGAAUGCGAGUUGGCAAUUAUGGCCAUGGACCAGCUUUGUGAAUGUGCCGAAGGUCGGGCUGAGCUGCUCCGACACGGAGGCGGGAUGGCGGUCGUGGCGAGGAAGAUUCUUCGAGUGUCGAAUUUUAGCAACGAGAAGGCGGUUAGGAUUUUGUACCAUGUUUGUAAGAACAACGUUGGGAAUUUCGGAGUUGCUGAGGAGAUGGUGGAGGUUGGGGCUGUUGGGAAGCUUUGUUUGAUGCUUCAAAUUGGUGGAAGUUUGAAAACUAAUGAAAGAAUCAAGGAAAUUCUUCAUUUUCUUCGAUGUAUUUUCAAGGGUACGAAGUGUGUUCUUGUUCUUCCGUCCGGGUUUGAUCGAUUUUAGUUAAUACACUCGUUAAUCGAUUGAAUUUGUUGAUUGUAUGUACACG